GAGCCACGCAUGCGCAGAGGCCCAGUUUCACUAGCAGUGGCACCAUCAGCAGGAGUAACCGCCGCCGCCACCUCCGGGGAGACGGGAGCUGUCGUGUUGUUUAUUUCACACAAGUUUAUUUCUCUACAAUGUCGGAAUUUGACAGCAACCCCUUCGUGGACCCAUUGGACAAUCCCUUCCAGGAUGCCUCAAUCACUCAAGCCACCAGCGGAGCCCCUAAAAACGUUGGGGAGUUCAACCCAUUCUCUGCAACUGAAAUGGGAACCCACUCCGGCACGACCAUCCCCAUCUCUGCUGCCACCUCUCAACCCGCCAUCCUACCGACUUCUGUGGAGCAGAGUUCACAACAGGCAAAUAUAGCAGCUGGCCAGGCUAACCUGCUCAAACAGCAGGAGGAGCUGGAGAGGAAAGCAGCUGAACUGGAGCGGAAGGAGCAGGAGCUCCAGAACAGGACCGGAGGCAGAGCGCCCAACACUGGCGAUAAAGAGAACAACUGGCCACCUCUUCCCAAAUUCUUCCCUGUGAGGCCCUGCUUCUAUCAGGACUUCGAGGGGGAAAUCCCUGACGAGUACCGCAGGAUCUGCAAGAGAAUGUACUACCUCUGGAUGUUCCACAGUGCUACCCUCUUCCUCAACGUGCUGGCCUGCCUGGCUUACUUCACUGCAGACUCUCAGUACGGCGUCGACUUCGGUCUGUCCAUCCUCUGGUUCAUCCUCUUCACCCCAGUGUCCUUCGUCUGCUGGUACAGGCCCGUCUACAAGGCCUUCAGGUCUGACAGCUCCUUCAGCUUCUUCUUCUUCUUUUUUGUCUUUUUCUUCCAAGUGGCAGUGUACGUCAUCCAGACUGUAGGGAUUCCCAAGUGGGGAAACAGUGGAUGGAUCGCAUCCAUCAGCAUGAUCGGCACAAACUUGGCUGUGGCUGUGGUUAUGAUGGUGGUGGCCGGUUUUUUCACUGUAAACGCUGUCCUGGCUCUCAUCCUACUCAAAAUGGUCCACUCGAAGUACAGAAGGACAGGUGCCAGCUUCACCAAGGCCCAGCAGGAGUUCUCCACGGGAGUCCUGACCAACCGAACUGUCCAGACUGCUGCAGCCAGUGCUGCCCAGGGAGCCUUUGGCAAUUAGAAUGUUCCCCACAUCCUUUGUGCUUCAGGCUAGUCUCUUCUGUGACCAACAUAGCCAUGUCCCAACAUACUUCAAUGUGUUUAGGGGCUGGGGGUUUGAUUAUUUAUUGAAAAGGGCCAAAAAAACAAGUAACUUAUGAGGUGGCGAUUUAUUCUCACUACAUCAGCCGAGUGAAGUGUCUACAUUCUCCACUUAUAAACUUUUCAAGAGACUGUUGUAUAAUACAGAAGACGCGCUAGAGGUCUCACACAAACGCGCAAUGACAUCUUCAGUAUACAGCAAAAUGUAUGCCAUCAACAGUUAUUCUGGGACAUGUAGGAAGGAGUAAGAAAACUGAAGUUGAAUUAAACAAGGCCUAGGAGGAGGCAGAGUGGGUAUGACAAAAAUGAAUUGACAACACCAAUAAUCACAAUAUAACUAACUGGAAUACAUUUAACAUAGUCAACUGAAGUAAGUAUGUGCGGCGCACCACUGAACAGGGCUGGGAUUUAGUGAUAAAGUACAUUUAUUUAAACCCCGUCACUCUUAAAUACGCUGGCUGAAAGUAUUAGGAUUUCUCUAUCUCACAGUUCAUGUAGAAAUAACAUACUGGGGCCUUGAAAAUAAACACUGCGAAGAGUUGGGAUUAUAUAAAAAGCAUACUUGACAUGAGAAUGUUUUACCAUCAUUCAAUGAUGGAUCCACGUAAUGCGUGUAUACAUAUUUUUGUCAUUACAUCAGCACGUAGAGCGUUACAGGGUUACCAUUUUAUCAUUCUGCUUCAUAAACAUGUUUAAUACAUGCACUAUUGGAUGCCCUGUAAGCCAUGUGCAUAUAACACUGUAUAGGAUGAUGAUUAAUGAAGGUGACGGGAUGGUGGAAGGUUUUUCUUUCUACUGGUUUCAUCAGUUUACUGAUUUAGAUGAAGUGAGACAAAAAACUCUUCUUCGGGCAAUUGAAGACGUAGUUUAACAGUGACGGCACAUUUUAAUUUAUGUUUAGUUAAGAAUAUGUUUUCAGGUAUAGUAUGGAUCCUUGCUGUGAUUAAAAUGAAAUGCAGGGUGCAGGUUUACUAAUGUAAAGUUACUGACAUAGUACAGAAUGUAGACUUAUUUACUUAGAAGUGUAUUAAUGAGCAGAAAGAACACAAUAUUUAUCUGUCGAUUAUUCAGUCUUGACUUUAUAUUCAUGGUAGUUAUACUGCAGACCAAAGUCAUGUGUUACUGAAUAGUCUCAGAUAGUUUGUAUUUCUUUUUUAGCUGCUUUCUACCUACUUGUUUGGUAUUAGCAUUUUUUUUUCUCACAUAUUUACUUGUGAAUAUAUAUAUGCUGUCCAAUUCUGAUCUUUUGUUACUGUAACACACUGAAUCACUUUGUUUUGGUGUAACCUCACUCAGUGCCUUUCAGCAGAUCGUAACCCACCAAUUUUUACGCGGGGAUUUAAGCACAAAGCUGUUGGUUAUUAGUGUUUUGUCUGAUUUCCUUUGUCUUAAUAGAGAAACGUGUUUUAUGGUGAUGUUUCCCUUCGAUGAUCAGAAUGUAUUAAGGUGUGUUGUACAUAUUGGUGACUUAUUUAAAACAUAAUUUACUGGGGGGAGGGGGGUAUUUGGGGGGAAAAUUGGUUCUCAGUCUUAACAUAAAUAAACUGUAAUUUUUUUCA